AUUCAAGUCCGGAUGCUAAUGUAUGACACUCCAAUAUGACAGAGACUAAACGCAAAAUUAUACCACUUUUGAUUCUUUGACCAUUCUUAAUCCCAUUUUUAAUUAAGGAUAGAACCAUUCUGGCGAUUUCGUCAUACCAUGUUGCUCCCAUGCUAUAGUUAUUUUUGGUUAAUGUUAGUUUCUAAGUUAGCCUACCAAUAUUCACAGGUGCUUUGAAGGAAUCUGCUUUUUACAACCAUUAAAUUAAUAUGAUAAGCAUUUAUACGAUUACUUCGGUUUACCUUUUAGCGAACAGUUUAGCUGCUUUUAUCUAGAAACAAUACAAAAUAACAGUUACUAAGGACAAUCAGUUCAUUAGUUGAUUCUACUUGUCCGCUGAAAAGGACCGUGAUCGGCUACAAAUAAAUUAACCAUUCUUUUAUUUUAUUAGUCGGAUUCUUUUAGCCUUGUUAUGGGAUAAUUUAAAUUAUACCUUAAGAAUCGAUGCUUUUUAAGAAUACUGAGUGAAAUAAAAAGUCUCAAGGUAAAAAAAAACCCCUUGUAAGGAUACACGAAUUGUUCUCACUUGGCAUGCUUGUUGCAGAAAGCAACAAAUAACGUAUAAUUGGUAAAAUUUUCAAUGUAUUAUAUUGGUUAGACAUCAAUGUCAAACUUAUAUACAUCAUCACAGCAAUAUCGUGGGCGUUUGUAUUUGGCGCAUUCCUCAUGUGUGAUACCAAAGGAACCUUCGAAGAUGGGUUUGUUAUUACUUGGAUUACAUUUAGUAAUAACUGGCCAUUUCGUAACGGGGCAACGUACUAUAAAGGGUAUGCUGACAAACGUAAGGAACGACAACUUGGCUUUAAUUGAACGACAGAGACCAUGCCCCAAUUAUAUGAUACCAGUGUUUCAAGCUCCAGUAAAUGAAGUUAGCGCAACUAAGUAAGGUCAUUUUAUUUAAAGAA